AUGUCGAUUCCCAUCGCCCCCUUUCCCCCGCCCUCAGAGCACCCCUCGAUCCCCGACAGCGCCUACGAGCUAUGGACACUCUGCCUCACACACCACCUGCAGACGCCCAACCCCACCUUCACCAGCACCUCUCUCACAGACCCCGCCCUCAGCACCUUCCUCAGCACCUACCUCGCACACUCUCCUCCCCCCAGCACACCCGCCCAGCAAUCCCUCAAACGUAAAGUCACCACUCUACUGCACCGCCUCUUCACCCUCCCCUCCCAGAUCGCCCUCCCCCCACCCUACACGACACCCACCUUCCUGCGCUCCCUCUCAACCUCUUUCCCGCGCUCCCGCCUCCUGCGCACAACAUUCGACACCCCGCCCGUCUGGCGCCGCUACGAGACAGCCGUCGAGACCAUGCUGCGCAGCGUCAUCGCCGGAAAGGGUGCUGGCAGCGAAGGCCUCGAGGCCCUGUUCCGCUUUAGUCGACGAGCAGCAGAGACCUUCCUGGCAGGCGACGACUGGGUGGACGUGUGUGUCGACAGCGGGCGUGUGCGUGAGUUCCGGACCGCCGUGCUGGAGGGUGCAGGCUCUGACACGGGGCGCAAGGGCAACUGGAGCCUAGUGACGGAUCGGGUGUAUGUGCUUGUCAGCGCGGCGGAGAACCCGCGUGUUGGCGGGAGCGCGGGGAAGGAGAAGGCGUUUCUCAAGAGCCUUGUGGAGGAGACGAGUUUUGUGAGCGCGCUGCGGAAGGUUUCGCGCGAGACGCCGGAGGAGGGGCGCAUCGAUGCGUUGCUGGUUGCGCUGGAGCGCUUUGGGCGGCCAAGGGUUGUGCGGAGGAAGAUUGUUGUCGAGGGGAGGAGGGAUAAGGGGAAGGGCAAGAUGGUGGGAUUGAGUGAGGAGGAGGAGAUCGAGAUCAUGGGCAAGGUCGCCAUGAUACGGGAGCUGUUUCCGGACUUGGGCAGCGGCUUUCUUCGGCGGUGCUUGGAGGUGUUUAAUGGCGAUGUGGAGCAGGUCACCAGUGCGCUGCUGGAGGAGUCGUUGCCGCAGUCAUUGGUCACAGCGGACCGGUCAGAGGAAUACAUUCCACCAGACAUGGCCCCCACACCCACACCCACCCCGCAGCCAACCAUCAGGCACACCCCCGCGCCCAUCACUCGCCGCAACAAAUACGACAACGACGCCCUCGACACGCUCUCCCCCGCCACACUCCGCAACGUGCACGUCGGGCGCAAGAACGCCUCCCUCACCGCCGACGCCCUCCUCACCACCGACGCCCCCUCCAAGACCUCCAUCCUCUCCGCCCUCGCCGCAAUCUCGCUCGACGACGACGAGCGCGACGACACAUACGACGCCACCGACGUCGGCGGCGCCGUCGACCCCACCAACGACGAGGACCCCGCCCCGCGCCCCGCAGCUGUAGUUGCAGAUAGCAACGAGGAACCUGCCGAGAAGGCGCUGUGGGAGGCCUAUCGUCGUGACGGGGCGGUGUUUGGCCGGGAUGCGGAGACGCGCAGGAGUGCUGGUAGGAGGGCGCUGAAGGGCGAGACGGGGAUGACGGAUGAGGCUAUCGAGGGGUGGAAGGUCAUGCUUGAGCGCGAGCCAAGGAGGCUUAGGAUGUUGGAGCGGCGGUAUGGGGAUGUGGGUGGUAGCGGGCAGACUGUGGUGUUGGAGAGUACGCGGUGGAGUGCGCCGGCGGAGGGGGAGGAGGAUAGUGGCCGCGGGGACCGGGGGAGGGGUGGUCGUAUUAGGGGUGAGAGGGGCGGAAGAGGUGGACGAGGUGGGAGAGGUAGAGGCGGCGGGAAUGUGGCUGGCCCAAGUGGAGACAAGGAGACUAUGCAGGGAAGGGCCAAGAAGGAGGCAAGCAAAGGGAGCAGAGCUAACCAUAAUAGGAGAGACCAGAGGGCGAAGAAGUUGGCGAGGGGUGGCGCAUUCCCACCGCCGGCUUAG